GGCGAGCCGAAGUGAAUGGCUGCGAGAAAAUGGGGCUCGUAUCGUUAGUGAAAUAUUCUAUUCCUGUCAGGAAAGUGGUUGGUGCCCUGAGCCGCCUGAGCGGAGCCCUCGGCAAGUUCCACAUAGACGUGACCUGCUAUCCAUUUAGUUAGCGACCCCGCGGUGCUGCUUUGUGGCACAGGAACGUAAGAAUCAGUGCAACGUCCAGUGUCCAAGAUGGAGGAUGCAGUGGCGCAGCUCUGUGGGUCCCAGCCAGCAGACCCCAUGCCUGUCUGGAUAAAAGGACAUAUUGGCAUCUGCUUCAACCAGCUGGUUUUAAGCUCUAUACCACACCUGAUCUUUGCCCUAACCAGCGCUUGCCAUGCUGGUGCCCACAGACGCAGUUCUCAGUGCCACCUGAACCCUCUCUGGGUGUGUAGAAUGGCAGUUUCCUUCACGGCUAGUUUGCUUAUCUUGACCGAUAUGGUCCUUGGAUGCCUUUUCCCUUGGCAAGUCCCUUAUACUGUGGAAAUGUUGUGUGGGGGAGUGGCCUGUCUAUCAUGGAUCACUCAUUUCCUGGCACUUCUCAGCCUCAGAAAGGCAUGGUGCAGCCAGCCCAGAGGCCCCGUCACCCUUAUGCUGCCAGUUCUUCUCCUCAUUCCAACCCUGGUGAUCACUCUGAUGGGCUUCCUGCAAGACGGGGCAACCAGCCAACCUUUACAUCCCAUACUCCUUAGUCGUUUCUGCCUGUUAUGCCUUCGUCUUUGUUGCAUUUUUGUGUAUCUAGGAGCCUUUCUGUUGGGUUUGAGGUGCUUCAGACCCUCUUUGUCGCUGUCUGUCAAUGCUGAUGAUGAUGAUGAGUCUCCUCUUCUCACCUCCUUCUACACCCCAGAAAGACAGCAUCCAGCAGAAGAUGGUGAGAGUUGGCUGUCUCGUUUCUUCUACCUCUGGUUGAAUCCACUUCUGAGACAGGGGGCACGAGGAGGCCUCAAACAUCCUGGGGAUGUAUUGCUCCUACCUCAUUGUCUUGGAACUGCAAGAAUCUGUCAGCACUUUCAGUCCAAGAGUUCCUCAACUAUCCUGAGGCUCUUACCGACUUUGCACGCAAGCUUUGGAGCACGUUAUUAUGCGCUGGGACUCCUGAAGCUGGGAGCCGUCACCCUUGCCUUCCUUGGGCCUCUUCUGCUGAAUCUCUUGGUGAACUUUAUGGAGGCGGCAGACGAACCCCUGAGUUGGGGCAUACUUUACACUUUAGGGCUGUUCUCCAGUUGUUUCCUGGCAGCCUUGUUGCAGAACCAGUUCACACAUGAAGUGAAUAAGCUGAUUCUGGCUGUAAGAGCCUCUGUGCUCACAAGUGUUUACCGCAAGGCAAUACGUGGUGUUGGCACAGGCCUGGCCGGCUUCUCGAAGGGUGAAAUUGUGAAUUUUAUGAGUACCGACGCAGACCGUAUCUCCAACUUCUGUCGUAGCUUCCAUGAAGUGUGGAGCCUCCCGUUGCAGUUCUCUGUUACUCUUUACCUCCUUUACCUUCAGGUGGGCAUUGCCUUCCUUGGGGGACUGGGCUUGGCUGUGCUGCUUCUGCCCAUCAACAAAGUUAUUGCCAACCGCAUUGUUGACUACAACAGUGAUCUGCUGAACCACAAGGAUGCUCGUGUUAAGUUGAUGACUGAGCUCCUCUCAGGGAUGCGUGUGGUGAAAUUUUACACAUGGGAGAAGCACUUCGCUGAGGCUGUGACUUCCCUUCGAGAAAAGGAACUUCGCAGUCUCCGUGCCCUCAAAAUGCUGGAUGCCGUGUGUGUCUACCUGUGGGCCGCUCUGCCUGUGCUCAUCUCUAUCAUCACCUUCAUCACUUACGUACUGCUGGGGCACCAACUCACUGCUGCCAAGGUCUUCACUGCUCUGGCCCUAGUCGGGAUGCUGAUUUUACCCCUUAAUAACUUCCCCUGGGUGCUGAAUGGAGUUUUGGAGGCCAAAGUCUCUUUAGAGCGUAUCCAGCUGUUCAUGGAUUUGCCUGAGCAGGACCUCCUGAAUUACUACAGCCAAGAGCCCCCUGCAGACCCAUCCUCGGCCCUGGAGCUGCGCAGUGCUGCCUUUUCUUGGAUGCCAGAAGAAUCUGAAGACUCUGGAUCUCUCCAGCUUUUUAUCGAACACCUUUCUGUGCAGAAGGGUGUACUGGUUGGUGUUGUCGGCAAAGUUGGUUGUGGUAAAAGCUCGUUGUUGGCAGCACUGACAGGAGAAUUGAGCAGAUCAGGAGGGGAGCUGUUUGCCUCCCAUCAGGAACUGGGUUUUGGUUUUGCAGCUCAGGAACCAUGGAUCCAGUUCGCUACCAUUAGGGAGAACAUAUUAUUUGGGAAAGAAUUUAAUGGAAAACUUUAUCAAGGUGUUCUAGAAGCAUGUGCGCUGAAUGAUGAUCUAAGCAUUCUGCCAUCCGGAGAUCAGACCGAAGUUGGGGAGAAUGGUGUUACCCUGAGUGGGGGACAGAAGGCCCGCUUGGCUUUGGCCAGAGCUGUUUACCAGGACAAGGAUAUUUAUCUCCUUGAUGAUCCAUUGGCCGCCGUAGAUGCUGAUGUUGCUGCUCAUCUCAUGGAGAAAUGCAUCCUGGGUAUUCUAAAGAACAAGACCAGAAUCCUUUGCACACACAGGACUGAGCUGUUGGACAAAGCAGAUAUAGUGUUGCUGAUGGAGGGGGGGAAGAUGGUGGGCAGCGGUACCCCAGACAAAAUCCUACCUCUGGUGGAAAGCUCCCGAAACCGAGGGUCUCGUGGACAGACACAAAUGAAUCAUAUCUCUCAAGCAGCUGAACAGAGCCUGGAGGAAGAUGAAGAGGAGGCAGAAAAUGAAGGUAACCCCAUCCAACCUAUUACUGCAGAAGUGGGCCAGGAGGAGAAGCAAGAAGGUGCUGUUGCCCUGCAGGUUUACUGGGCAUACUGGAAAGCAGUAGGAGGUUGUCUUGCUGGCUCAGUACUUCUGGCGCUGUUUCUGAUGCAGGCCUCAAGAAACAUAUCUGAUUGGUGGCUGUCACACUGGAUCUCCAGUCUACAGGAUUCCCCUAGAAAUGUGUCCCUUACAAACCUGACCCCUUCUUCCUUUCCAUCUGCAUCACUGCUUCUCUUCUCCCAGGGUGGGCUUGUAUCCCCCAUCAGCUCAGUUCAUUCUGCAGAGAAGAACAGCUCUCUGGAUAUCACCUUCUACCUCUCAGUGUAUGGGGGGAUUGCCGUAGCGAACUCCAUCUUUACUGCCUUACGGGCCUUUCUCUUUGCCUUGGGCACCGUACAUGCAGCUGUCGUAAUCCAUAGGCGUCUGCUGAGCAGCGUCUUACAGGCCACAGUUAGUUUCUUCGAUAGCACACCCAUAGGCCGGAUCAUUAACCGCUUCUCCUCGGACCUGUACUGUGUGGAUGACUCUCUGCCUUUUGUCCUCAAUAUAUUCCUGGCCUUUACGUUCGGCUUGCUGGGAAUGCUGGUUAUGAUCAGUUACGGCCUGCCGUGGAUCCUGCCGGUACUUCUCCCGCUCUGUUUGCUGUACUAUUACCUACAGCGCUUUUACAGACACUCCUCCCGCGAGCUGAAGAGGCUGCAAAGCAUAACUCUGUCUCCCAUAUACACACAUUUCUCUGAGACGCUGACUGGACUUACCACAAUUCGAGCGACUCGCCAUGCGGACCGGUUUGAGGCUGAGUGUGUGUCUCGGCUGGAGGUUAAUCAGCGCUGCAUGUUUGCCAGUAAUGCAGCCGUGCAGUGGUUAGACAUCCGUCUGCAGAUGAUUGGGGUCAUGGUGGUGGCAGCUAUUUCCGUUAUUGCUAUAAUCCAGCACCAGAGAAAAUCAGGGGAUCCAGGUCUGGUGGGACUGGCUCUGUCCUAUGCUCUCUCUAUCACCGGCAUCCUCUCCGGCCUCAUUUCCUCCUUCACCCAAACAGAAGCCAUGAUGGUGAGUGUGGAGAGAACAGAGGAAUAUUCCACUACUCUCCCCUCUGAGUCGGCAGAAGGUUCCCUGCAGGUAGAAUUGGACUGGCCCACUAACGGUCAUAUUGAGUUCAGGAACGUGGUUCUGUGCUAUCGCCUGGGGCUUCCCAACGCACUGGACGGUAUCAGUUUCACCAUCUCUCCAGGGGAAAAGAUUGGGAUUGUGGGUAGAACCGGCUCUGGGAAGUCCACUCUGUUCCUGGCGCUGUUCCGAAUGAUGGAGCUGAAGGAGGGGAGUAUUCUGAUUGACAACGUACCCUCCCACCUGCUGAAUCUGGAAUUGCUGCGGUCCCGGCUGGCUAUUAUUCCCCAGGAUGCUUUCUUGUUCAGUGGGAGUGUCCGCGUCAACCUGGAUCCUCUGUCUUAUCACACAGAUGUGGAAAUUCUCAAAGUUCUGGAUCAGUGUCACCUUCAGGAUGUAGUGAGGCGCAUUGGUGGCCUGGAUGCUGACGUUGGAGACAGAGGGAAAAACUUCUCUCUAGGACAGAGGCAACUCCUGUGCCUCGCCAGAGCCCUCCUUACCCAUGCCAAGAUUCUGUGCAUAGAUGAGGCCACGGCGAGUGUGGAUCACCAGACAGACGAGCUUCUGCAGAGAACUAUCCGGGAGAGGUUCCGAGAGCGCACGGUGCUGACCAUUGCACACAGGCUGAACACUAUAAUGGACUCCGACCGAGUGCUGGUGAUGCAUGCUGGGAAAUUGGUUGAACUGGACUCCCCAGCAAACCUCAGCAAAAGGGAAGACUCUAAUUUCUACCGACUAAUACACAGCGGGCAGCUAUAAGUACAGAUCCUGGGAGCAGGGUGAUGAGGGAGGGGCCUUUAUUAAGUGGGGGUGGAGCUUGCGUGGUUUACAAGAGAGCAGCUGCCCCUGGGCCCCCUACACUGGCCCUCUCUAUAGGAUCCGCCUGUUUUAAGGUGGUCCAUAUUUUAUCUUCCCCUUUAAACUGACAGCCAGUGAA